AUGGUCAAGCUAGUUGGCUCGUCCGACGCAGAACUAUUUCUGUCGAGCGCGCUCGCUCCGUUCCUUCAUUUUGAAAACAAGAUUGAGGAAAAGGAACUACCAACUUUUUCGGAUUUAUUAAAAUUUUUGGAAUGUGAAAUACGAAAGUUGGAGUCCAGUGCGGUUCCUGACUCCAACACUUCUAUGCGGCGUAGAAUGCCAGCUCCAGCAGCGGUACGAGCUGCCCAUGCGGUAAUACAAAAUCAUUCUACCACAUCUUGUAAAUAUUGCGGGACAGCGGGUCACUUCAUUGUCAAGUGCGAGAAAUUUUUGGGUUUAACGCCUACUAUUAGAAAGCGUCACGUGAUAUCGAAUAAUUUAUGCUUUCGAUGUCUUAAUAGUCACAAUAUUGCACAAUGUCAAUAUAAUAGAAAUUGUUACAAAUGCAACUCGCCAAAGCAUCAUUCAUUAUUACAUUUUGACCUCCCUGCGGGGGCGCGGGAGCGGCAACAGCAAUCACCAUCCAAUCACAUCAUGAGUAACACGAAUGCUCCGGACCAUGUACCUCAGGUGACGAUCCCUGCGGCCACGGUUCAAUCGACGAGUACAAGUGUUAAUAACGUGUUUGGAGGAAUGUCAUCGCAAGCAAUACCCUGUGGGACCUACCAACAUACAGUUUUGCUAGCAACUGCUACGGUUCGGGUAUUAGAUUCACACGGAUAUUAUCUAGAGGCACGUGCUCUGCUUGAUGGCGGCAGUCAGAGUACGUUUAUUUCUGAAAAUUGUGCUAAUAAGUUAGGAUUAAAGCGGUUUAAAUCUAACGUAGUAACAGUCACGGGGCUAAGCGAUAUUCCUGUAAGCGGUUGUAAAGGGGUUGUUAACUUGACUAUUAUACCCAAGUAUGCGGAUUUACCUGUUCUCUUUACAACGGCUACAGUUUUGAAUAAAAUCACUCGUAAUUUGCCAGGGUUCUCCUUAUCACCUCGAUUAGAGGAUAAUUAUAGAGGAUUAGUUCUUGCGGAUGAACAAUUUUUUAUAAGUCGAGAAAUUGAUAUUUUGAUUGGUGCGGAUCUUAUUGGGGACAUUUAUUUAGGCGGCGGUACUAUCAAGGUACACGACCACUUACCUCGUGCGAUGAAUACGGUGUUCGGGCAUGUGUUGACUGGUCCUGUCACAUUUAUGGCUACAGAUCCAUGUCCUCGGACUACUCAUUCUUCUCAUACAUUUUAUUCUAACAUUUCUACGGAUGAUAUUUUGAAACGAUUUUGGGAAAUUGAAGACCUUCCUCACGCGGUUAAAAACCCUAUGGACAUGGAGUGCGAGUCUAUUUUUGUAAGCACUCAUCAGCGGGAUAAGGGCGGUAGGUAUGUUGUACAUUUGCCUUUUUUAUCCAACAAACCUUUGCUUGGAGAUUCAGUCCCAUUAGCUAAGAAGCGGUUCUUGGCAAUGGAAAAACGGCUUCAGCGUAAUGACUCGUUGCGUAAAAAAUAUGUAGAUUUCAUGAGAGACUAUGCGGAAAAGGGACAUAUGUCACUCUGCGUCGGUAAACCAGAAGACUAUGUUUCCGGUUGUUUUUAUAUUAUAUGCCACCACGGAAUUUUUAAAGUAGGUUCGGAAAAUAUAAGGGUCGUAUUUGAUGCUAGUGGUAGCACUAGUAACGGAGUUAGUCUUAAUGAUUGUUUGCAUGCGGGGCCCAAGCUUCAGCGCGACAUAAUGGAGAUUAUUUGUAGAUUUAGAUUACAUAAAUAUGUAUUUACAACGGACAUCCGAAUGAUGUUCCGUCAAAUUUUGAUUAACCCAAAAGAUUGGCCAUAUCAACUCAUCUUCUGGAGAGAGUCCCCAGAUAUGCCUCUUCAACUUUAUCAAUUGAAUACCGUCACUUACGGGAUGAAGUCGAGUCCCUAUCUCGCGAUACGGACCUUAAGACAGUUGGCUGAGGACGAAGAAUCACGGUUUCCGGCGGCGGCGCGUCUUCUUCGUACUUCCGUGUACAUGGAUGACAUUUUGGGUGGUGCGGAUACGCUAGAAGAAGCACAAAAUCUUAAGCGGGAUCUGACCGGUUUAUUAAAAUUGGGCGGAUUUGAUCUCAGUAAAUGGACCUCUAACACCGCGGAGUUAUUGAGAGACAUAUCUGAGGAAGAUUUAGAAAAACCUCGUAUCUUUGUAGAUAAUGCGGACGGGCCUAGCUUCAUUAAAAUAUUAGGCAUCCAAUGGGAUCCCAGUAAUGAUAGUUUUUCUUAUCAUACCAAGCUGAAUGAUAAUGUAAUAUGUACAAAGCGUUUCAUCUUGUCGACGGUAGCUCGAACUUUUGACCCAUUGGGCUGGAUUUCUCCAAUCAUUUUACAAGGUAAGAUUCUGAUGCAACGGCUUUGGCUAUUAAAGUUGUCAUGGGAUGACAAACCACCUGCGGAUAUUGUUGCGGAUUGGCAAGGCAUUUUAAAGGAUUUGCCUGUAAUUGAAAGUUUUAAUCUGAAGCGGUUUGCCCUAGGAGAUUCUAAGAUUUGCUCUAUUCAUGGAUUUGCUGAUGCGUCUGAACUCGGCUAUGGCGCAGCUGUUUAUUUGAGAGCGGUCAAUAACUGUGGUGAGGUUACUGUAACUUUAAUGAUGGCUAAGUCAAGAGUUUCACCAGUAAAGUCCAAACUUACCAUUCCCAAACUAGAGCUUUGUGGCGCGACAUUAUUGGUACGGCUUACCAAAUACGUCGUGGACUCUAUUCAGAAUGAGGUGGAUAUUGAAGAUAUUGUUUGUUGGUCAGACAGCACUAUCGUACUUUCAUGGCUGCGGAUCUCACCUCAUCUUUUGCAGACCUUUGAAGGAAAUAGAGUGUCACAGAUUGUCAAUAGCGGUGUAGAUAUAAAGUGGCGGCACUUACCAUCGGAAAUGAACCCUGCAGACGUUGCAAGUCGUGGUUGUCGCGCGUCGGAAUUGCUCGAACACACAUUGUGGUGGGGUCCGUCUUGGCUUAAAGGUCAGGCUGAUACCUGGCCUCAGAAUAUAAUGAAAAAGGCAGAAGGCGAUUUGCCUGGUCUUCGCAAGACGAUGGUAAAAGUUCAUAUGGUACAGACGGAAGCGAAUCCCAUCUUUACGCGGUUUAGUUCAUUAACUGUACUGCUAGCGGUAGUGGCUUAUUGUUUUCGGUUUAUUAAUAAUUCUAAAAAUCCAAAUCAUAAAGUUACCGGUGUUUUGACAGCAAAGGAAAGGCAAUUUGCCUUACUGCGGUUAAUAAAAUUGGUUCAAACUACAGCGUUUGCUAAUGAUUUAGAUUGUAUUAAUCGAAAGAGUCUUUGUUCUUUAGGGUUGCGGCGGCUUAUGCCUUUCGUUACUACUAAAUGCAUUCAUCUUGAAUGUGUUACGGACUUAUCUACUGAUAGUUUUCUGGCAGCUUUGACCAGGUUUACAUCUCGACGAGGUCUCCCGAGUGUAAUUCGGUCGGAUAAUGGCACCAAUUAUGUAGGCACAAACCGACAUUUGGAUGAAGUACAGCGAUAUUUAGCUUCUCGGGAAGUACAAGCGGAGCUUAGUGGUACUGCUGCUAAACAAAAUAUUAAUUGGCGUUUUAAUGCGCCAGCAGCGCCACAUUUUGGAGGUCUUUUUGAAGCUACGGUAAAGGCAGCCAAAACGUUAUUACGGAGGGUCAUCGGUGACCAGGUAUUAACUUUUGAGGAGCUAGUAACGGUAUUUACUAGAGUAGAAGCGGUUCUUAAUUGCCGGCCCUUGUGUCCUUUGACACAAGAUCCUCAAGAUUUUGAAGUCUUAACACCGGCACAUUUUUUAAUCGGUCGAUCUUUGUUAUCAGUGCCCGAAUAUAAUUUUGAGGAUAUUCCUAACUCGCGGUUAAAUCGGUAUAAUCUUAUUCAGGCACUGUCACAGCGUUUCUGGAGAAAGUGGAGUGAGCGGUACCUCCAUACUCUUCAAAUUCGGAAUAAAUGGAUGUCUCCUACAGACCCUCCCAAGGUGGAUGAUUUAGUUCUAAUUAAAGAUGAAAAUUUACCACCAUUAAAGUGGAGAUUAGGCAGGAUUUUAGAGUUGUUGCCUGGUAAAGACAGUGUAGUACGAGUUGUGAAACUUAAGACUGCAACUGGCACUAUAACGCGUCCAGUUGUCAAGAUUUGCAGACUUCCCUCUAAUUAG